UCUUCAAUGCCCACAACCCAGCUAGGAUGCCGAAGGAAUUAUCAUACAGAGAAAUGUCGACACGAAAAUACUAGCGGAAAGGAGGUGGCAUAGAGACGCAGAGGCCUAGAGCGGCACCAUCACCCCGGUGCCGCCGCCGCCGCCAACGCCCUCAAGCCCGGCGGCAGCUCCCGCGAGAGGAGCGACGCGAGAGCGCGGCCGCCGGGAGGAAGGUUGGGCAAGAUGUCGGCCCUGGCCGUGGCGACGGCGGCGGCCGCCACCGCCGCGGCAGUGACCGCGGCGCGGGCGGAGAAGCCCAGCAGCCCGGGCUCGUCGCGGGGCUUCUACUUCAACACGGUGCUGUCGCUCGCCCGCUCGCUGGCCGUGCAGAGACCCGCGCCGCUCGAGAAGGUACAGAAGCUACUGUGCAUGUGUCCAGUAGACAUCCAUGGGAUCUUCCAGCUAGAUGAACGUCGCAGGGAUGCUGUGCUUGCUUUGGGGAUUUUUCUAAUUGAGUCUGACCUGCAACAUAAAGAUACUCUGGUUCCUUAUCUUCUCCGACUGCUGAGAGGCCUUUCCAAAGUGCAGUGGAUAGAAGAGAGCAAUUCACGGAAAGGCAGAGGCCUUCUUCCAAUUGCUGAAAACUUCAGCUUCUGCCUGGUGACCCUGUUGUCGGAUGUGGCCUAUAGGGAUGCCACUCUGAGAGAGCAGGUUUGGGAAGCAAUUUUGCAAGUGAUGCAAGUCUUGCUGGGAAUGUGCCAGUCGCCACAGAUCCAGGAUAAAGAAUACUUGUGCCGAUACGCUGUGCCGUGCCUGAUUGGGGUUUCGCGAGCAUUUGGGCGCUACAGCAACUCCGAAGAGUCUCUCCUGUCGAAGCUCUUCCCUAAAGUUCCUCCACAUUCCCUCCGCGCCCCCAACGAGCUGGACGGCAUUCGCAGACGCUCUUUCAACGACUUCCGGUCGAUCCUUCCAAACUCGCUGCUCUCUGUCUGCCAAGAAGGCUCUUUGAAGCGGAAGACCAGCAGCGUCUCCAGCAUCUCUCAGGUCAGCCCUGAACGUGGAGUCCCUCUCCCCGGUUCCCCUGGAGGAUCUAGUGCGCAGUACUUUGAAGCAGGAUCUUACCUUCCUGAUGGCAGCACCGUGGAUCCUGAUUAUUACUUCUCUACAAUCAGCUCCAGCUUCUCCGUGUCGCCUCUCUUCAAUGGCAUUCACAACAAGGAGUUUAACGUUCCUCUCGACAUGCUCCGGCAGCUGCUGAACAUGGUAAAACAGAUUGUUGGCGAUUCUGUUCUCAAAAACCUGGACGCAGUCAUUGCUGAAGUUAUUGAGAUGAAUCCCCAUGCAGACCUGUACUACAAAAUGUUCAGUGAUCCCCUCUAUGUUGCCCAGUUCAAGAUGCUGAGAGACACGUUAUACUAUAUGAAAGAUCUCCCAAACUCAUUUGUGAAGGAAAUUCACGAGUUUGUGCUGGAGCAGUUCAACAGCAGCCAGUCGGAGCUUCAGAAAAUCCUUCACGACGUUGAACGGUCACACAACGAGCUGACUCCUUUGAAGCUGCGUUGCCAGGCCAAUGCGGCCUGCGUGGACCUCAUGGUGUGGGCGGUGAAAGAUGAGCAAGGGGCGGAGAACCUGUGCAUCAAGUUGUCAGAAAAGCUGCAGUCCAAGACCUCCAGCAAAGUGAUCAUCGCUCACCUGCCUCUGCUGAUCUGCUGCUUACAGGGCCUGGGCCGUCUGUGUGAAAGGUUCCCUGUGGUGGUUCAUUCUGUCAAUCCAUCUUUGAGAGACUUCCUUGUGAUCCCAUCUCCAGUCCUGGUGAAACUUUACAAGUACCACAAUCAAUAUAGUACAGGUGGGACCGACAUCAAGAUCAGCAUAACGAACGAACACACCGAGUCCACGGUCAGCGUUAUGUCGGGCAAAAAGAGUCAGUCCUCCAUGUACGAGCAACUUCGGGACAUUGCUAUCGAUAACAUCUGCAGGUGCUUGAAAGCCGGCCUGACGAUAGACCCGGUAAUUGUCGAAGCUUUCCUUGCCAGCCUGUCGAACCGUCUCUACAUCUCCCAAGAGAGCGACAAGGAAGCCCAUCUGAUUCCUGACCACACCAUCCGUGCGUUGGGGCACAUCGCGGUGGCCCUGCGAGACACCCCCAAAGUGAUGGAGCCGAUCCUCCAGAUCCUCCAGCAGAAGUUCUGCCAGCCCCCGUCCCCACUCGACGUGCUCAUCAUUGACCAGCUGGGCUGUUUGGUCAUCACUGGAAACCAAUAUAUUUACCAGGAAGUGUGGAACCUGUUUCAGCAGAUCAGUGUCAAAGCAAGCUCAAUUGUGUAUUCUGCAACGAAAGACUACAAGGACCAUGGAUAUAGACACUGCUCCUUAGCUGUCAUCAAUGCCUUGGCCAACAUAGCGGCCAAUAUUCAGGGCGAACACCUUGUGGAUGAAUUACUCAUGAACUUGCUGGAGCUGUUUGUGCAGCUGGGCCUGGAAGGGAAGAGAGCCAGCGAACGGGCGAGUGAGAAAGGUCCAGCACUAAAGGCAUCUAGCAGCGCUGGGAACCUUGGAGUGUUGAUUCCUGUUAUUGCUGUGCUGACCAGACGCUUGCCACCCAUCAAGGAAGCGAAGCCCAGAUUGCAGAAGCUUUUCCGCGAUUUCUGGCUGUAUUCCGUGCUCAUGGGAUUUGCGGUAGAAGGCUCAGGUCUUUGGCCGGAAGAGUGGUACGAGGGUGUCUGUGAAAUCGCCACCAAGUCCCCGCUGCUGACGUUCCCCAGCAAAGAGCCUCUUCGUUCUGUCCUCCAGUACAACUCGGCCAUGAAAAACGACACCGUGACGUCCGCUGAACUGGGUGAACUGCGGAGCACCAUCAUCAAUCUCUUGGAUCCUCCUCCAGAAGUGUCUGCCCUGAUCAAUAAGUUGGACUUUGCCAUGUCUACCUACCUGCUGUCUGUGUACCGUCUAGAAUGCAUGAGGGUGUUGCGUUCCACAGACCCAGAUCGCUUUCAGGUGAUGUUCUGUUACUUUGAGGACAAAGCCAUUCAAAAGGACAAAUCGGGUAUGAUGCAGUGUGUAAUAGCGGUGGCCGACAAGGUGUUUGAAGCUUUCCUCAGCAUGAUGGCUGACAAACCGAAAACGAAAGAGAACGAAGAGGAGCUGGAGAGACACGCGCAGUUCUUGCUGGUGAAUUUCAACCACAUCCAUAAAAGGAUCAGGCGGGUGGCAGAUAAAUAUUUAUCAGGCCUUGUAGACAAGUUUCCUCACUUACUAUGGAGUGGAACGGUGUUGAAGACCAUGCUAGAUAUCCUCCAAACCCUCUCCCUUUCCCUAAGUGCAGACAUUCACAAGGACCAGCCAUACUACGACAUUCCGGAUGCCCCGUAUAGGAUCACGGUUCCUGAUACAUAUGAAGCUAGGGAGAGUAUAGUAAAGGAUUUUGCCGCACGCUGUGGAAUGAUUCUGCAGGAAGCCAUGAAAUGGGCCCCUUCAGUCACCAAAUCUCACUUGCAGGAAUACUUAAACAAGCACCAGAACUGGGUGUCGGGGUUGUCGCAGCACACGGGGCUGGCCAUGGCCACCGAAAGCAUCCUCCACUUUGCAGGCUACAACAGACAGAACACCACCCUGGGGGCAACCCAGUUAACAGAGAGGCCUGCCUGUGUGAAGAAAGACUACUCCAAUUUCAUGGCUUCCCUCAACUUGCGCAAUCGCUACGCUGGAGAAGUAGCUGGGAUGAUCCACUACUGCAACGCCACGGGGCGUUCGUCCGAUCUCAAUAAGCUAAUGAUCAAACAGCUCAACGAUGCCCUGGACCCAGGCCUACCACAAUACUACACUCAAGCCAUGUUUAAGUUGACUGCCAUGUUAAUCAGUAUCCGAGACUGUGACCCUCAGCUUUUGCAUCACCUGUGCUGGGGCCCUCUGCGCAUGUUCAGUGAGCACGGCAUGGAGACGGCCAUAGCCUGCUGGGAAUGGCUGCUUGCUGCGAAGAAUGGAGUAGAAGUGCCGUUCAUGCGAGAAAUGGCCGGGGCCUGGCAGAUGACCGUGGAGCAGAAAUUUGGCCUGUUCUCCGCUGAGCAGAAAGAAGCGGACCCGUUAGCUGCUUCGGAAGAAAGCCAGCCCAAACCGUGUCCGCCCGAGAUCACGCCACAUUACAUCUGGAUAGAAUUCCUAGUCCAGAGGUUUGAAAUUGCAAAGUACUGCAGCUCGGACCAGGUGGAAAUUUUCUCCAGCUUACUCCAGCGAUCCCUUUCCCUAAACAUCGGAGGCGCCAAGGGCAGCAUGAACCGGCAUGUGGCUGCUAUUGGGCCCCGUUUCAAGCUGCUAACUUUGGGGCUGUCCCUGCUCCAUGCGGAUGUGGUUCCCAAUGCAACCAUUCGCAACGUCUUAAGAGAGAAGAUUUAUUCAACCGCUUUUGAUUACUUCAGUUCUGCCCCCAAGUGUCCGACCCAAGGCGAGAAGAGGCUGCGUGAGGAUAUCAUCAUAUUAAUCAAGUUUUGGACGGCAAUGUUCUCCGACAAGAAAUAUUUAACAGCCAGCCAACUUGUGCCCCCUGAUAACCAGGAUACAAGGAGCAACCUGGACAUCACAGUUGGCUCUCGGCAGCAAGCCACACAGGGGUGGAUAAAUACGUACCCGUUGUCCAGCGGCAUGUCAACUAUCUCCAAAAAAUCAGGCAUGUCCAAGAAGACUAAUCGAGGCACCCAGCUGCACAAAUACUACAUGAAGAGGAGAACGCUGCUGCUGUCGUUGCUGGCUACCGAAAUCGAGCGCCUUAUUACGUGGUACAACCCACUCUCUUCCCCGGAAUUGGAGCUGGACCAGACUGGAGAGAAUAGCGUGGCCAACUGGAGGUCGAAGUACGUCAGUCUGAGUGAGAAGCAGUGGAAGGACAAUGUGAACCUGGCAUGGAGUAUUUCUCCUCACCUGGCUGUCCAGCUUCCCACCAGAUUCAAAAACACAGAAGCGAUUGGCAUGGAAGUGACCCGGCUAGUGCGCCUGGACCCCGGAGCCGUUAGCGAUGUGCCUGAAGCCAUCAAGUACCUUGUCACGUGGCACACGAUAGACGCAGAUGCCCCGGAACUGAGUCACAUUCUGUGCUGGACCCCUACCGACCCUCCAACGGGGCUCUCGUACUUUUCCAGCAUGUAUCCACCCCAUCCGUUGACAGCUCAGUAUGGUGUCAAAGUCCUGCGGUCUUUCCCGCCGGAUGCCAUCUUAUUCUACAUUCCACAAAUUGUACAGGCUCUUAGAUAUGAUAAGAUGGGCUACGUACGAGAGUACAUCUUGUGGGCGGCGGCCAAAUCCCAGCUGUUGGCACACCAGUUCAUUUGGAAUAUGAAAACUAACAUCUACUUGGAUGAAGAGGCACAUCAGAAAGACCCGGACAUUGGGGAACUGUUGGAGCAGCUCGUUGAGGAAAUCACCGGCUCGCUUUCUGGGCCCGCAAAGGAGUUUUAUCAGCGGGAGUUUGAUUUCUUCAAUAAAAUCACCAACGUUUCAGCCAUCAUCAAGCCUUUCCCGAAAGGUGAAGAAAGAAAGAAGGCCUGCUUGCACGCUUUAUCUGAGGUGAAAGUACAACCCGGUUGUUAUUUGCCUAGCAAUCCCGAAGCCAUCGUUUUGGACAUUGACUACAAGUCGGGAACGCCAAUGCAAAGUGCUGCAAAAGCCCCCUACUUGGCCAAGUUCAAGGUGAAGAGGUGUGGCGUCAGUGAACUUGAAAAAGAAGGUCUCCGUUGCCGUUCAGACUCCAUAGACGAAAGCGGAGAGGAUGGGGUAGAAAGCAAGAAGAUCUGUUGGCAGGCAGCCAUCUUUAAAGUGGGCGAUGACUGCAGACAGGACAUGUUAGCCUUACAAAUCAUCGAUCUCUUCAAGAACAUCUUUCAGCUGGUCGGCCUGGACUUAUACGUGUUCCCCUACAGAGUAGUGGCUACGGCUCCAGGGUGUGGCGUUAUUGAAUGCAUCCCUGACUGUACGUCCCGCGACCAGCUGGGCAGGCAGACCGACUUUGGGAUGUAUGACUACUUCACAAGGCAGUAUGGAGACGAAACGACCCUGCCGUUCCAAAAGGCCCGCUACAACUUCAUCCGCAGCAUGGCCGCCUACAGCCUCCUCUUGUUCCUGCUCCAGAUCAAAGACCGGCACAACGGCAACAUCAUGCUGGACAAGCACGGGCACCUCAUUCAUAUCGAUUUUGGCUUCAUGUUUGAGAGUUCGCCCGGUGGGAAUCUGGGCUGGGAACCAGACAUCAAGCUGACGGACGAAAUGGUGAUGAUCAUGGGAGGGAAGAUGGAGGCCACCCCGUUCAAGUGGUUCAUGGAGAUGUGUGUCAGGGGAUACCUGGCCGUCAGGCCCUACAUGGAUGCCGUGGUCUCCCUGGUGACUUUGAUGCUGGACACAGGCCUGCCUUGUUUCCGAGGGCAGACAAUCAAGCUGUUGAAGAACCGGUUCAGCCCGAACAUGACGGAGCGGGAAGCCGCCAACUUCAUCAUCAAGAUCAUUCAAAGCUGCUUCCUCAGCAACAGGAGUAAGACCUACGAUAUGAUCCAGUACUACCAGAAUGAUAUUCCCUACUGAAAGGAGUGGAAUUCUGCCGGAGACGCCACCUUCUCUCCACCUUCGUUCCAGCCUAGAAACGUGAACUCUUGGUCACACUCUUUCUGCUACUGUGUAUAUGUGUGUGUGUGUGGAUGCCUUCACUUUCCUGGCUCUUACAACACAAUCAAUCAGUUGAAUUCCUUGAUCUGUUCUGGGGUGCUGCUGUUCCUUGAUUCCGCAGGGGCUGAGCGGGAACCAGAGACUUGAAAUCCUCCUGCGGCUGUGGAUGUGCAUAAGUAAACAGGCACUCCUAAAUCUGAGGUGCGUGCGUGAUGGUCCCUGAGCAAUGCAAGGGUUUGUAGCUUUUUUUUUUUUUAAGCGAGAACCCUUAGAACGCCCACCCUGUAGAAUCUCAGACGGCGAAGGGGGCAGGCAGGGGGCACCAAAUAGCUCCAAUUCAUGCUGUAGAAAUUGUCGCGAUAAUCGUUCCUAGGUGGUGAUGUCCUUGCAUCUGUGUUAAUAUUGUACUUUGCACUGUAAAUGGUCCCUGCUCGAUGGUCAGUAUUUCUUACAUAUAUGAAGAAUGUAUUUUUUCCCCCUCUUGUGUGGUUUUAAAAGAAGAGAGAGAGACUACUGAAUAUAUAUUUAAUCUUAAAGAUGGAAUAAAAAGACCUUAGGAUA